UCAUAGACUGCCUCAUGAAAAUAAAGGAACAUUUGGGAAACACUGCUACACUUCUAAAGAAAGAAGAAAAGGAGAUGUGUAAUUUAUGCAGCAUGGACGAUGAAUGUACUCCACAGCAGACAAUGUCCACCAUUCAAGAUACCAAAGCAGCAGACAUUGCUGCACGAGAGGAACGAAAUGUCAUAGAAACAGCUCCUGUUUCUCCCACCAAUGGAGAAGAAAGUCUUUACACAAACCAGGUCCAGUUAAAAAAAAACAAAACACUUAUGAGUUCAGAAUUAGUGGAAAAAGAAAACAAUGUAUCAUUGAAUGGGAAUAUAACGGGGCAUGGAGAGUCAAAGAACAAAAUGUUCCCAAAUAAUGCAGAAAAUGGAGAUGAUAAACAAAUAGAACACAUGACUGUUGAGGACAUAAAUGGCAACAGGAAAGAGAUUCAUGACAUAAUCCAGGCAACAGAAAGAGAAAUUCAAGAGACCUCAGAAAGCCAAAGAGAAGAGAUGACCACAUCCUCAAAAACAUGUGAUAUCUCCAAUAAAUAUGUGAAUAGUCUUCUUCCCAAUGAUUCAGAGAGUCUAAAGCAGAAGAAUAACAUAAUGGAAAAGGAGUAUUUUGAUGUGCAGAGUGAUGACAUUGACCCUCAAGUGUCUUGUUAUAUUACAGCACCAUCACACGUGUUGCAACAAAUAGAAUGCCGAAUAAUUAAUAGUAUGAGUUCUUUAAUAGUGAGUGAUAAUGAAGAGUUGGUCAGCAAUGUCAUCAUCAUUGAGUGCUCAGAUAGGGAAAAGACAAUUCCAUUUCCAAUAUGCAUUGCAAUUCCAUUUACUGCACGUUACAGGGGAAAUUACAGAGACAUCAUGGUGAAAGCGUCUGAUGUAAACCUCCAAUCAAGUUACUUACACCCAAAUUCACUGGAAGGAAUGAGAGGAAGUUACAAGGGGACCUGUGCUGCAGUGAAAAUUUACAAGUUGGGUAUCUUUUCUGUUGUGUCUUGUUUAAAGAAAGAGUCCUUCACAGUAACAAAGAAAGGCAUCACUCUUAAGUCAAGCAUAGAUUCUCGAAUAUCCUUAAAUUACCCUCCAGGAGUUUUCAGCUCUCCAGUACUUGUGCAAUUAAAGAUCCAGCCAGUUGACCCAUCUCUGGUGGCAUAUUUAAAAACCAAGCAAGACACUUCAUACUCAGUCCUAUCCACAAGUCCUCUGAUUCAUGUUCAGCACCCAUCAACCCAUCCCUUUCAGAAGCCAGUCACUGUAUUCCUACCUUGUUCUCCACACCCUGAUAAAAACAAUUUUGGGUCUGACAUAGAUCAUAAAAGAACAGCUAGUGCCACAACAAACAGGAUCACACCUUUAUAUUUCAACCGGACAAAAAGCACUUCCAUAAGAAAUCCUGGAAAAAAUGCCUGUGAAUCUUUGAAAUUACUGGGAUUCAGAAGUCGAGACAGUGGUUGGUUUGGGCUUGAUAAUGUGGUACUGAGAACCGUGCAGAGUGGCUUGAUAUCAUUUGAAUUGUAUGAACAUUUAGAGAGGUUUAUUGUGCUUCACCUCUCUCCUGUUGUGGACAAUAACCAUUUGGUUUCUUUUGUGAAAUCUUUAGAGGAAGCCACACUCAGCACCACCGCCUGCGUAGUGCUGUCUCACCAGAAGGACAAUCCACACAGAGUCGCUAUUGUAGUGGUGCCUUCUAAAGAUUUAAACCAGGCACUUAAGAACUUGCGCUUGGAAGGGUUUGGGGGACCUCCAGAGUCAUCUCGUCAUUUCCAAGUGAGAGAAGGAGAACAACUUCUUUUAAGGUUUACUGGAAACAUAUUUGCAACCGGCAAUGGGAAGGACUAUGAAAAAGACUACAAACUUAUUUUUCACUUGCAAAGAAAACCCAGGCUGGAACUCCAAAUCAAAGAGGUGGAUGAAUUUGGAAACUAUAGCUGCCCCCAUUAUAAGGGCACCAUUGUAGUUUAUAAAGUACCUAAAGAAAAGAUAGUCCCCAACUUGGAUCAAUCUCCUAUAUUUAAUGAAAACCAUUAUCAGUUGCCAAUUUGCAAGUUACCGUUGAGAUUGCCAAAGCAUGAAAAAUUAAUCAACCGUCCACAGAGUACCAAAAGAAUUUCUACAGAUCCUUUAGAAGCUCUUUGGGACAACUUGCUCCACUGGCUGGCAGAGGAGCUCUCAGAGGAAAAUGCCAAGUCUCUUUCUUCAUCCCUCCCUCUGCACCGCAGCACCGUUCAGCUCAUCAAACUCAAGAACCCUGACGAUCUCACAGAACAGAUCCAUGAACUUCUUUGCUUCUGGAAAAAAUCGCUCCCAACUUCUACUGACAAACCUCGCCUCCUGGCUCGGCAUCUUCGCAAGAUUGGCAGGAGUGAUCUUGCAGAAGAGCUCAAAUUCAAGUGGGAAAAUAAAGUGUUCACUGAACCACAGCAGUGGUUUGAUAUGGCAGCUGAGUAGAAGCCGGAUGGCUCUUCCUUUUGCCCUAGAAAUUGGCUCAUGGUGGGUUUUUGAGAUUGUUUCUGUCCAUAUUUUCCUAGCAGCUUCUAAGUAACAUCGUUUGAAGUGAGUCUAUGUGAUAGAUAUGCUGUUGAGAAAUCAAUAAGACAAAUGGAGAAGACAACAAAAGGCAUUCGUGGGUGUGACCGCACCUUGGUGGUCAAAUGAUGUAUGUCCUGUAAUCAUAACCACCUUGAGUUCCACCAGGCUCAACAGCAUCUGCAAUAGAGUUUGCCCUGUUUAUGUUUUAAUAGCUGAGAUUGCUUUCUGAGUGCAAAGGGAAGAUAAACAGAAUCAUUUAUUUUUGUUAUCUACAUAAAAUUAAACCAGUUAUCCACGAUUCCAAGCAACCAGUUGAAGUUACAUGGAUACCAUAGAGCCCACAGAUAACAAUAUAAAUUAAAUUGGACCCAGAGACCUGAUGUUGGUGAUAGCAAGUCACUUUAAGAAGACAGAAAAGCUAGAAAUAAAUUAGAAAUAGAAAUAACACUUCAACCAUUUACUGCCACAGUCUCUUCUUUUAUAAAAAUGUAGCUUGGAAUAGAAAAAGUUUCAUAUCUUAUUUUCAGUGAAAAGAGGCACUGCAGAGAAAGGAAAGUGUCACUGAAAGAAUUCAGAGCUUAUUUCACCUAAUUACAAAAGCAACCUGCUUUAAAUCAGUGAACUGAAACCUCAUUAUAUAAGCCCUAUCUGCUCUUUUCUAAAGACAAACAAAAUCUGUAAAAAAAUCACAAAACCAAAAAAAAAAAAAAAGAAAAAUUAAUGAUACUUACCAAAACCCCUCUAUCCAUUGAUAAUCCCUAUUAAUGACUAGUAUAAGCUUUGAAGUUUUAGAAAACCAAAAGCUCUUUAGCUCCCGAAAGCAGUUUGAUAUAAAUAGGAUAUUGCAUUAGUUUCACUGAUUUAUUAACGUAAACUGUCAGGGCCUUGGCUUCAAACAUUAGUAGCAAUUAGUUUCAAUUACUGAAUACCUACAAAUUAAU